AAAACAGCAGCUUGGAUUAAUGCUUAAACUUGCCCUCUGUAGGUGCGACUGUCUGUACAGGAAGAGUGAAACAUGGCAGGAAAUGUGCACACUGUCUCCUAUCUGACCAUGCGGGACACACCUGCCCUGCCCUAAGGAUCAUGGGAAAGUGGAAGAAGCUUUAGAGUGGGAUUGGAGAGAGCAUUUCAAACACCGGUGAGCAUGAGGAGGUUUUUCCGAGCACACAGGGACGAAGACUACAGUCAGAUCCAGUAUCUGACGGCAAAGUGCACCCGCCUGGCUUAUGAUAAAGUGCUCGACAGGGAGUUUCUGAUGUCCAGAGACAGGGAGAGGAAGCUGCAGAAUGAUCUGGAAGCUGCGACAGCUCGACUCCUCCACCAGCAGCAGCUGAACAUGGAGCUCAGGAUGAGAGAGGACCAACUCAUCAGCAGGAUCCACCAGCAACAGGACCUGGUGAACUUGCUGCAGCAGCGCGUGGUCCUGCUGGCGGAGGCAAGCUCCCAGGACGCGGAGGUGCUGCGGCAGGUCAGCUCAGAGAUACUGUGCCUGCAGAGCUCCGAGGUGAAGCUGGAGGGCCUGGUGGAGGAGCUGCAUGCUGAGGCCCAACACAGAGCUGUGGUGGCAGAGAGCCUCGAGACAGAGCUGCACAGUGAAGCCCGGCGCAGAGCUGCGCUGACAGAGAGCCUGCAGGCAGAGCUGCGCAGUAAGACAGUGGAGCUGGAGGAGCUACACGACACCAACCGAACUUUGAUAGAAAAUCUGAAGGAUUUACGCUCCACUCAUCAGAAGGAGGUAAGGGAGCUGCAGCAGCAGAAUGAGGGGAGUCUGAGGAAACUGCAGGGGACAGCGGAGCAGUUUGAGUGGCUCUGUCAGCAGCAGCGCUACUGGAUGUGCAGUAUCAAGAAAUUCAAAGACUGCCUGAUGGAGGAGAGAGACGCUCUGCUGCAACAGGUCAUCAAAUUGAAAAAGAAGGUUGAGAAACAUGAUGACAGUCCCACACAGAGCGUCGUCUGUCCCCUAAAGGACACUCAAAGCUGUGACGGCAGUAUAACAUCAUGGGAUGCAGAUGCAGUGGCUGACCUGGAGUCUCAGGUGGAGAAGUCAAACAUGCCGUAUGCGGAGCUCUUUAACCAGGCAGGGAGCCCUAUCAACGGAUACCAAAAACCUCCUUGAGGACAGAAGCCUGGAGCCUGGCCUCGUCUUCUUUUUCUCUCCCCACCUUCUCCAGAAGAUAACCACUAGAUGUUUGUGUGUGCGGUUAGCUUCGUGGAAUACUUCCCAGUCAUUGUCGCAAAAACCCCCCAAAAACUUGGAAAAACAUACCUGUGAACCCAUACAUUUACUUUUUGACCCCACUAUUGUUCACCUGUCUUGAAAAGAAUCUGCUUCGUGAUAUAUGACUGAAUUAAAACACUGCACAGUGUGCUGCUGUCCUCCUUUAACUGAGACACAUGCACAUCACAUGUGGCCAACGCUCCUAUAGUCACAUUUUCCUGUAAUUGUCCAUUAUUCAGACCUUGUAAUCAACACCACUAACAAGAGCAAAAAACCACCUGAGAAUGUUUUCUCUUUUGUUGUUUUUCCAAUGAAUCCUCACAGGGGAAGCAGCAGCUGGUGUGCAGACGACACAACAAACUGUGUUGUUGAGAUUAAAAUGAAGCUCCGCUGAUUGUUCCCCCCACUGAGGACCUGGUACAUCUCGACUCUGAUCAUCAGGUCUCCUCACUUAUCGCUUGUCAGCAAGAAUCUAAAACGUAUUCGAGGUGAUAUCGGCUCAGAUAAAUGAACCAUAUGAUGCCUACAUGGUCUGUACAAUGUACAGACAAAGCAAAUGUUUGGGAAUACAUCUGAUGCACAGAUAUGUCACAUUACAUAUUUAACUAUGUAUUAAGGCUGCAACUAACGAUUAUUUUAUCAAUGAAUUGAUUGAUCGAUUGGUCUAUAAAAUGUCAGAAAAUACUGAAAAACGUCCAUCCCAGUUUUUCAAAGUCCAAGGUAAUGUCUUUAAAUUUCUUGUUUUGUCAGUCCAAAGCUAGUCUCUAUCGACGACGUUCCACUUCCGGGAUUGUUCCCAACAAUGUUCAGAUUAAUAACAACAGAAAAGUUCAGGAAAACCCCAUAUUUGAGAGGAUGAUCUGUUAUUUUUGCAUAGAAAAUUGCUUUUAAGGUAUGUAUUGUAACUGUGUCAUAUAAAAAAAGUUAUGUUCAUAUAAAACUCAUUUGCAUUCACAUUUUAUCAACGCCACGUUGCUAAUAAAAUAAGUACAACUGA